AUGUCUGAGGAGGAUAUUCCUAUCAUUCCAUCAAGACCCAAGAAAAGGGCAACUGAUUCUUCUUUAAGUAGCUACACGCCAAAUGCUAGUGCAGAUAAUUUGAUUUCACCUUCACCACCAAUCAUCCCUACAAGCAGGCCUUUAUCAAGGGCAAAGACUACAGAUAAUAUAAAUACUGAUCCUGUUACUACAACUGGCAUUGCUACGAAGGAAGAAGUAGAAUUGCCAAAGGUUCCUACUAAUAGACCAACAAGACGCACAACUACGCAAGAAUUAAAUGAUUUAAUUGAUAAUACAAACCAUGAAUUGGAGGAAAUCGAAGCGAUGGUGUUUAAAGAUGAUCCAAAUAAAAUGAGUACUGGUACCAAUGAUGAUGAUAUUCCUCAUGUUCCUGGAAAUAGACCAAAAAUCACUUCUAAAACAACAACAACGAUUACUAAAGAAUCUCUAAAUGACAGCGAUGCUGCAAUUAAUAAUAAAAAUCCUUCAGAUGAACAAACUGAUUCGAAAGUAAGGCCUGAAGUUUUUAAAGAAAAUCUCAAUGAAGCGAAAAUUGCAAAAACGUAUGAUAUUAUGGAUAUGAACAACGACAUCAAAGAAUUUGUCGAUAAUGGAAAUAAAACAUUGAGUGAAAAUGAAGAUACUGUUUCAACAGAACAUCUCGACAAAGUUACAACUAGUGAUGCUUCGAGAGUUGAUGAACCUCCUGACACAACACUAAUGAAAGAGCCAAAUACAAUUCUUGAUUCUGAAGAAGUUCUUGCUAGCAACGAUGGGCAGGUAUCCAUUAAUGAAAAGGAGAUAACACCUACGAUCCCAAAUAGACCAUCAAGAAAGAAGGAAGAACAAUCGGAAUCUACAUCUAAUGUAGAAUCUACUCCUGUUAUUCCUGUAAGACCGGCUAAGGUUAAAGAGAUACAGUCUGAAUCUUCAACACGUUUAGAAUCUUCUAGCUCUGACGAACAGGAGAAGGCUAAUAUGGUAGACUCAGUAUCUGCGGUUGCAGAAAGAUCUACAAAUAGUAAAGAUCAAAUAUACACCAAUUCAGAACGUGCAUCAAAGGAAAGUUUGAGUGAGGCAAAAGAACCUGAAAUUGAGAAGAAUGAUAACCAAGUACAUAUAGAGACUAAACAUAUUCCAGUAAUACCUGAAAGACCUAAAAAGAAUGGACCGCCACCAAUUCCAAAAAAGCCCUCCUCAAGAAUUGCCGCCUUCCAAAAGAUGAUUCAAGAACAACAAGCACAAAGCUUUAAUUCAUUAGCAUCUGACGUCCCAACAUCAGAACGGACUAUCUCUGAGAUUGAAAAAGAUGGUGAUAAAUUGAAAACUGAACAGACAAUGGAAGAGAAAAAUCAAAUCAACAGAAGUAAUGCCGAGAGAACCAAAUUUGCAAGUAGCUUGAAUGGAUUAUUCGCCUUGCCGGGAAUGGCUCCAUUACAAAAUCUACCAGCCGCAUUAACCAAAAAAUUGUCCCAGCCUUCUGAAUCUGGUUUCAAUGACUCCAAGGAAGUAAAUGGAGGUGAAAACAUAUCUAAUAUUCGUCAAAAACGUGCUAGGGGUCCUAGGGGUAGAAAAUUACCUUCAAAGGUUGCUGCUGUAGAAAAAGUCAAUGACUCAAAUAACUCCAAUGAAAUUGAAGUUUUCAGAGCGUGGAGAAUUGAUUCUAAACCUGUGACACCUUCAGAAGAAAUAGUUAUCACUCAGAAUCAGCUAAGUGAUAAACAAUCUGUAAUUUCGUCAGAAGAUAUUAUAACUGAAUCAGAAACUGACAAACAAAUCACUUCCUCUACAGAAGAAUUUCAUAAAUAUACAGAACAAGAGACAGAUAUCACUGAUAGAAAUCAGGAUGUGACGGCCGAAGUCCUAGAGCAUGACAUUGAAGUACAGAUUGAAAAAGAAAUGGAAGAACAGAUAUUGGCCGAGGAUGAACCUUAUGAGGAAGUAUUUAGUGCAGAAACUAUUGGAUAA